ACCAUAAACAGGAAGAAGCAAAACCAAGAACAAAAUUAUCAGGAGAAACAGAAGCCCCGUCGAUCGCGGAGCUCCUUCCUAUGCGCGGCGCGGCGAUGGAAGCGAGGCCGAACCCGCCAUUUCCCUCUCCCGACGCUCCUUCGACCCCACAUCUCGUCCCUUCGCUGCUCCGCCGCCGACCCAUGACGUCCGCGCUCCAAUUUCUCCGUUCUUCUUGAGCCGGCUCGCUCGACGAGGCACCUCCCUUUGCAUCUUUCGAUUCUUGUUCCGUUUUUCCUUCGCCCGCAAUGCCGAGCCCGCAACUGUUCUUGCGAAACGCGCGGAUACUGCCGGAUGAAGAUGGGUCUCGAGGCCCGUCGGAUGGGGACUCGGAUUCGGGCCGGGCUGUCUCGGUCGUCGGGGGGUUGUUUCUUGACCCGGAUCUGCCUUCCUCCUUCGUCCGUUUGAUUUCGUUGCGCAGUAAUUGUAGCGUUCGGGCGUGCCGGCGGGAGACGAGGGCUUGUCGCCGCGGGUUCUUGUCGGUGAGCUUGAGGGGCGGCGAUGGGAUUGUGGAGGAGCCUCGGGUGGCCCUGCCGCAGAAAGAUGGAGGCGAGAGCUCGGGCCCGAAGGAGCGUGAGGCGUCGGAGAGUGUCGUUUCUGCCGAGAGGAAGAGGAGGAAGGUGACGGUGCGAGGGAGAGGCAGAGCUGCCGUGAACACCACUAAGCACUUGUGGGCUGGCGCCAUUGCGGCCAUGGUUUCGAGAACUUUUGUUGCUCCACUUGAGAGACUAAAGCUGGAGUAUAUAGUUCGUGGAGAACAGAAAAAUAUUGUUGAGCUCGUCAGGACAAUUGCAGUUUCACAAGGUUUACAUGGCUUUUGGAAGGGAAAUUUAGUCAACAUUCUCCGGACAGCUCCAUUUAAGGCUAUCAACUUUUAUGCUUAUGAUACCUACAGAAAGCAAUUGCUUAGAUUUUCUGGAAAUGAUGAAACCACAAAUUUUGAGAGGUUUAUUGCUGGUGCUGCAGCUGGCAUCACUGCUACUGUCCUUUGCCUACCACUAGACACUAUUAGAACUAAGCUGGUGGCACGCGGUGGAGAAGCCUUGGGCGGUGUGAGUGGUGCCUUCCGUUACAUGAUUCACAACGAAGGAUUCUUUUCCCUUUACAGGGGCUUGGUACCUUCCAUACUUAGCAUGGCUCCUUCAAGUGCAGUUUUCUAUGGAGUAUAUGAUAUAUUGAAAUCGGCUUAUCUGCAUUCACCGGAGGGGAGACAACGGAUCCAGAAUCUGAGUGAACAGGGGGAGGAGCUGAAUGCUUUGGACCAGCUGGAGUUGGGGCCUAUAAGGACACUGUUUUAUGGUGCUAUAUCCGGUGCCUGUGCCGAAGCAGCUACAUACCCAUUUGAAGUAGUUAGGAGACGGCUCCAGUUGCAAGUGCAGGCAACAAGAUUGAGUGCUGUUGCAACUUGUGCCCAGAUUAUCGAGAACGGAGGAGUUCCAGCUCUUUAUGCUGGACUUAUUCCCAGCUUGUUACAGGUACUUCCCUCCGCUGCGAUUAGUUACUUUGUAUACGAAUUCAUGAAGAUUGUUCUGAAAGUGGAAUGAACAGAAUUAUACACCUUUGGCCGUCCAAUGAACCUGGCAUACGAGCUGUACAAUGAUCGCCAGUAUUAGACUCGCCUGAUGGUGGGAGUUUAUCAGUUGAAUUGACAGAUUGUGUCCUCAAAACACUUAUCUACUGUGGAAAGAGAGAUGGAAAAAAACCCACCUCAAUUCGUCAGCUGCCGCGAAGUUCUUCUCAUGUCUACGCACAAGAGUUGAUUUUGUCUACGAGUUGCAAUAAACCAGUAGAAUGAAACAUUGGGGGGGUUACAAUUGCUAACAGAAAGAAAAAAAGUAACAGGUUUUCCUACCAGAGAGAACUGUACUGGGGAAAAAUUGGGAGGCUUCUAUAUCUCCUUGGAAUGAUUCUUAGGCAGUGUUGUUGCUGUCCUGGGUUAUUUAACAGUUUGCACUGGAGCAUGAAACAGCUUUGUAGUUGAGGUUUUUUCCCGAUUUGCUCUGAUGUUCAAACUUUCAAGACUACCUGAGACGCCGAUUUCGGUUUCAA